AUGGACUACACAUAUCUAACUUCUGCAUAUGAGUCUGGGAUAGACAUUGGCCGAACCUCUAACCGCUCCACGGAAUUAAGUUCAUGUGUUCAUAAUCUCUUGACGUAUGAUCGAGGGAUCCAGGAGAAGCGCAAACAGAGACGCGUCCGUACCAUCUUCAGCAGCUCGCAGCUGAAAGAGCUUGAGCGCGUUUUCGCGCAGACUCAUUAUCCAGAUAUCUACACGCGAGAGGAGCUCGCGCAGGAGAUUCAUCUCACUGAAGCUCGUGUCCAGGUGUGGUUCCAGAACAGACGCGCAAAAUUUCGCAAACAAGAGCGCGCAUCCACAUGGGAUGCGAGUGCGACACCUGCCAAAGUGAGCAGCCCGACUUCUAUUGAAAACACCAAAACGAUGACGGUGCCUCACCCGGACAGCACACAACCCAAUCUAAGCCAAGACCAAAAACCGGAGGACAACAAUCUCAUUAAGGGACAGGUUUCAGAUGAGCCGCCCCUGAUAGGAGUUCCUUUCGUUGAAACGCAUCGGUCAAGCGUUCACUGAACUCACACACUCACACGUAAAAAAAACUAAUUGGCUUUGGGCGAAAUAGGACAUAUUGACCUUAUUUAAUAUUCUGGAAAUAAAAUGAAUAUUUUCUUUGCCCACGUCUGACCACUGGAACAGUUUAAAGCAUGGAAAUGGACAUUGACCAUUUGACUUCAUAAGUGCUAUGUGUUUAACAUUUAUAUUUUAUUUUAAUACUUUUAAAGACAAUAUUUGCAGUUGGACAAAAAGCGUUUCGUCGUCUACCCAACAUCACCUCCAGGGGGCGUCUAUUCACUCCCAAUUCUGUUUGCUCACAAACGUACAGCAGAGGGCAGCAAAGCAAGCUGAAAUUUCGUUCUAAAACAAAAUAGUAUGCAAAAUAACACUGUAAAAUG